UUAUUUUUUAUUGAGGUUGUAAAAGUUAAAAUGAACAAACUACGGCAAAGUUUUAGGAGAAAGAAAGAUGUUUAUGUUCCAGAGGCCAGUCGUCCACAUCAGUGGCAGACAGAUGAAGAAGGGGUUCGUACUGGAAAAUGUAGCUUCCCAGUUAAGUACCUUGGCCACGUAGAAGUUGAUGAGUCAAGAGGAAUGCACAUCUGCGAAGAUGCUGUGAAAAGAUUGAAAGCUGAAAGGAAGUUCUUCAAAGGCUUCUUUGGAAAAACUGGAAAGAAAGCAGUUAAGGCAGUCCUGUGGGUAUCAGCAGAUGGACUGAGAGUUGUGGAUGAGAAAACUAAGGACCUCAUAGUUGACCAGACAAUAGAAAAAGUUUCUUUCUGUGCCCCAGAUAGGAACUUUGAUAGAGCAUUCUCUUACAUAUGCCGUGAUGGCACCACUCGGCGCUGGAUCUGUCAUUGCUUUAUGGCUGUCAAGGACACGGGUGAAAGAUUGAGUCAUGCAGUAGGCUGUGCUUUUGCGGCCUGUUUAGAACGGAAGCAGAAGAGGGAGAAGGAAUGUGGAGUGACUGCUACUUUUGAUGCCAGUCGGACCACUUUUACAAGAGAAGGAUCAUUCCGUGUUACAACAGCCACAGAACAAGCAGAAAGAGAGGAGAUUAUGAAACAAAUCCAAGACGCCAAGAAAGCUGAAACAGAUAAGACAGUUGUUGGUUCAUCAGUGGCCCCUGGCAAUACUGCCCCAUCCCCGUCCUCUCCCACCUCUCCCACUUCGGAUGCCACUGCCUCCCUGGAGACGAACAAUCCUCAUGCCAUCCCACGCCGGCACGCACCCAUUGAACAACUUGCUCGCCAAGGCUCUUUCCGAGGAUUUCCUGCUCUUAGCCAGAAGAUGUCACCCUUUAAACGCCAGCUCUCCCUGCGCAUCAACGAGUUGCCUUCCACUAUGCAGAGGAAGACUGAUUUCCCCAUAAAAAAUGCAGUGCCAGAAGUAGAAGGAGAGGCAGAGAGUAUCAGCUCCCUGUGCUCACAGAUCACCAAUGCCUUCAGCACACCCUCCGAGGAUCCCUUCUCAUCUGCCCCAAUGACCAAACCAGGGACCGUGAUAGCACCGCAGUCUCCUGCCUUUCAAGCUAAUGGCACUGACUCAGCCUUCCAUGUGCUUGCUGCUAAGCCAGCCCAUACCGCUCUAGCACCCGUAGCAAUGCCUGUGCGUGAAACCAACCCUUGGGCCCAUGCCCCUGAUGCUGCUAACAAGGGAAUUGCAGCCACACAUUCGGGGACCGAGUGGGGUCAGUCUUCUGGUGCUGCAUCUCCAGGUCUCUUCCAGGCUGGUCACAGACGCACACCCUCUGAAGCUGACCGAUGGUUAGAAGAGGUGUCCAAGAGCGUCCGGGCUCAGCAGCCCCAGGCCUCCACCGCUGCGCUGCAGCCAGUUCUCCAGCCUCCUCCACCCACUGCCAUGACCCAGCCGGUGCCGCCUUUCCAAGGGCAUGCAUUCCUCGCCUCUCAGCCUGUGCCAGUGGGUGUGGGCCCACCCCUGCAGCCAGCCUUUGUCCCUGCCCAGUCCUAUCCUGUGGCCAAUGGGAUGCCCUAUCCAGCCCCUAAUGUGCCUGUGGUGGGCAUCACUCCCUCCCAGAUGGUAGCCAACGUGUUUGGCACUGCAGGCCACCCUCAGGCUACCCACCCCCAUCAGUCUCCCAGCCUGGUCAAGCAGCAGACAUUCCCUCAGUAUGAGACGAGCGGUGCUACUGCCAGUCCCUUCUUUAAGCCGCCUGCUCAGCAUCUCAAUGGUUCUGCAGCUUUCAAUGGCGUAGACGAAGGCAGGUUGGCCUCCGGAGAUAAGCACACAGAGGUUCCGGCGGGCACCUGCCCCGUGGAUCCUUUCGAAGCCCAGUGGGCUGCAUUAGAAAGCAAGUCCAAGCAGCGCACUAACCCCUCUCCCACCAAUCCUUUCUCCAGCGAUUUACAGAAGACGUUUGAAAUUGAACUUUAAGCUAUCUCUGUGGCUUACGUAUUUUGUCUGUACUUAAGCAAGGGCAGGGGCAGAGGUCAAAGGAGCAAAGGGAACUUUGUGUUCCCAAUCAGUAUACUUUUCACUAAUCCCAAAGGUCCCAAGGAGCAUGUCCAGGCAGAGUGUGCUAGGAAAGGUGAUUUUUUAAAAAAAAAUUGAAAAAACAUUCCUAGAGAAGAGUUGUCUUGCAGUUAGGCUAAAGAAGUCAAAGAAAUGUUGCCCUCUGUCCCCUUCUUUCUCCCUCAGCCCCUUACAAAUCUCUGGCAACAGAGAGGCAUAAGUAUCUGAACAGGAAUUUGUAUUCAAAGCACAUUUACUGGAAUAUAAAACACAACGGGAAGCAAAACAAUCUCCCUUUGUUUUUCAGGCCAUUCACGUGCCGCCUCUCAGUACUGGCCUGUCAGGUCAGGAACGUGGUGGCCUGUGCUUGGGCUGGGGACGAAAGGCAGGCUGUGCCACCAGAAUUCCCAGGAGGGCACAUCAGCAGCUGCCCAACAGAGCUAUAUUUUAGGGGCAAAGUUGAGCUUCCACUUUGAGUAAGAAUAAAUAUUAUAAAUAUAUAUCAAAAAAAAGCCAAAAUCUUUAUUUUUAUGCAUUUAGAAUAUUUUAAAUAGUUCUCAAUAUUAAAAAGUUGUAUGAGUUGUAAGUAAUCUUGCCAAAGGUAAAAGGGUUAGCUGUAAGAAAUUGUACAUAAGAUUGAUUUAUCAGUGAUGCCUAUCGAAGCAGAGAGAGGAAAGGUAGGGAGGUACAGAUGGGAUCCUAGCUUACUUGGUGUCAUUCAUUGUAAGUAGCACAUUGCAGCAACCAGCACGCGUAUGACCAAUCCAGUCACUAGGUUAUAGUCUUAAAGAAAUGAAAGAGCAGUAUUGUCCUGGUCUUGAACCUGUGGUGAAAUUCUAAUGUCAUUAUUUUAAUGGACUCAAUCUAAGUACACUCUAUAGAGAAUAUGUAUUUUCUUUUCCGUACUGCUGCAGGUGAUGUUAGUCCUCUACUUAACACUAAGGUGACAAUGACAUAAUCACGUCCAUUGAUGGGAGCGCAGGUUACUGUGUUGGUUUGUCAUGUGGGUCUUGGUGGGUUUUGUUUUGUCCUUUACGUUUUGUCCCCAGGAGUUUCGUGGGGAUGGAGACUGUAGUUUCAUUAGC